AUGACGACAAACGAGGACGAUGCCGUUGAAAGCUGGAAAAAGCAGCUAACGGCACUGGAGCAAAGCAUUGCUCCGAUUAUCAAAGACGCAUGCAAAUUAGCAGAAGACGACGACGAAGUCGAAACAUUACUAGUGCAACAAGAAGUACUAACAAGCUUGUACGAUCAAGCUUGUGCAGUGAUACUGAAAAUUGAGGGCCAAACGGGGCCCUCCAAGAGACGGGAUGCUCUCCUCCCCGCAUAUAUCAAGUCCAGAGCCAGUUUGGCAAAGAGAAUACGGCAUGCGCAAUCACAGACGAAUGAACCGAGUCAGGAUGAAGGUUCAAGGCAAGUACUGGAUCAAACAAUGAUCACCGGCAAUAGCAAGGCCGAUUAUUUACCCCGAUUGGAGCUCCCGAAGUUCCGUGGGUCAGCCACCGAGUGGCUAUCGUUUAAAGCCCGCUUUGAGAAGCGGAUUGCGACCCUAAACGAGGAUGCAAGCAAAUACGCUUUCCUGGCGAAAUGUUUAGAAUACGAGCCCGCUCGCAACUCCUGCGAAGCACUCGAGAAUUCAGGAGUGCCUUUCACUGAAGCCUGGGCCAAACUGGAAGCAAGAUUCUACAAGAAACGAAUCGCAUAUGAAGGUUACUUUUACACUCUGCUGAAAAUUAAAAGGAUACAUAAGGCAUCGCAAAGAGCGAUACUAGGACUGAUCGACGCUGUCGAUACACUAUUGUCCGCCACUCGACAAAUAGCAAAUGAACAACCUGGCGAACCAGAUUGCAUCGCCAAUGGGUUACUAAUAUGCUUAGUGAAAGAACGAUUGGAUGAAUCAACACUUUCUAAGAUUGAAGAAAAGUUGGACCUCCAGCGCAUUUAUGUUUGGAGCGAAUUCAAAAUAGAAUUAGAGCGGCUGGCUAACCAGAUGACUUGCAAAGUGGCUGCCGAAACGGCACACUCUAGUCAUCGACCCCAGCCGAAAGUCGUAGCAGCAAUCGAAGGCAAAGCUGCGACCACCAAAGACAAAAGGGAAGCACAGCGGUGCUACGUUUGUCACAAUGAAGGACACACAGCAUUUACGUGUCCUAAAUUCACGAAAAUGAGCAUCCCAGAACGAUGGGAAACUAUCAAAGCAGGGAGGCACUGCUUUAAUUGCCUCAUACCUGGGCACUCAACGAAGGAGUGCAAAUCACAACGGAAAUGCCAAAUAUGCAGCACGAAGCAUCAUACACUACUUCAUCGUGGAGACUCUCCCAAGGGGGACGAGAUCCAACAAUUGCAUCCCGAGAAGGAUGUCAAUCAAGCACAAGCAAGUUCAACGAAAUGACUAGCUCAGGAAGAAUACGUCUUUCUGGGCACAGCCAUAAUUCAUGUUAAGGGUGAGCAGAAAUGGCACCCUCUUCGAUGUCUACUUGAUUCAGGGAGUCAAGUAGAAACAAUCACAGAAAAGGCUGCUCGAAGCCUAGGAAUUCCGCAACACUCGGUAAACGUAACCAUUAAAGGAGUUAGCGGACAAGCACAUGUUAAAAGGGGUAUCAAAACUGUGAUAGCCUCUCACGCAAGCAACUACAAUGAAAGUUUAGAAUUGAUCAUAGUGCCAAAGAUAUUGGACGAUCAACCAAGCACAGCUAUUGAUGAAAAGGGUAUACGGAUACCAGAACAAUUGCACCUUGCCGAUCCCCAGUUUUACAGAUCGAAUGAAAUCGACAUUCUCCUCGGAGCGAGAAUAUUUUUCAAAAUUCUAAUGCCAGGCCGGCUUAGCGUAGCCAACGGUCUUACGUAUCAAGAGUCCAGCUUGGGCUGGAUUGCAUGUGGGACGCUACGUCACAGCAGCCCAUCAACCACUGUAUUGUCUGCUACAAGGUGUAGCAGAAAUGAAUUCGAAUUCCCACAGGACGAAAUGGCCAAACUCAUAGAGAAGUUUUGGCGUCUUGAAGAAGCGUGCUUUCAAGACUGGGAACCAAAGCAACAUGACGAAUGCGAGGCGGAAAGUCACUUCCGCACAACGUUAGAGAUCGCUCCCGACGGGAGAUACAUUACACGAAUGCCCCUACGGGGGGAGCCGUCAUCGUUAGGCGACUCUUAUCAACAAGCAUAUAGAAGAUUCACAUCGCUUGAGCAAAGGCUCAAGCGGAAUGCAGACCUGUACAAAGAGUACAGGGCAUUCAUGAAUGAAUAUGAAACACUGGGACAUAUGGUACCAGUCACCACAGAAGACUUUCACAAAGUAAAGUAUUUCAUCCCUCACUCGUGUGUGGUGAAACCAGAUUCAACAUCCACCAAGGUUAGGGUGGUGUUCGACGCAAGUGCAAAGACGUCAACCGGAGUAUCCCUGAACGAUAUACAAAUCGUGGGACCAACCAUUCAAAAGGACUUAUUUGAUCUGCUAAUUGAUUUCAAGACGCACAACGACGUGCUAGUAGCAGAUAUUGCAAAGAUGUACAGACAAAUUCACAUCGCAUACACAGACACUUGGUUACAAUGUAUUUUGUGGCGCGACAGCCCCAAUGAUCAAUUGAAAGCGUAUAGACUGACGACUGUCACAUAUGGUGAAGCGUCUUCAUCAUUCUUGGCCUGUAGGGCACUACACGAAGCAGCUGAAGAUUAUCGGUCGGUAAAUCCGAGAAUUGCCGACACCAUUCAACGAUCGUUCUAUGUUGACAAUCUAAUGAUUGGAGCGUCCAACGCAGAUGAACUGACGGAGACGAAACGAGAAAUAGAGCAUGCAUUGUCACUUCAUGGAUUUCCACUUCGAAAGUGGGCAUCAAACAACGCAAGCGUACUGGAAGGAAUUCCAGAGAAAGACUUGGAACCAUUGAUCCAAGUUGGUGACCAAGAGGUCAUAAAGACAUUGGGGAUAGCCUGGAACCCCAAAACAGACGUGUUCCAGUUCAUCAGUACGAAAAACAUAGGUGAAACAUACGAAGCGCUCACAAAGCGACAGAUGGUCUCGAAGAUUUUGAGACUGUAUGACCCAAUCGGAUUGAUACAACCUGUAAUCAUUACAGCUAAAAUAUUGAUGCAAGAAUUGUGGACUUAUAACGUCAGCUGGGACGAUGAUGUUCCAGAUCAAGCACUAAGCUCAUGGAAGAAGUUCGAAGCUUCAUUAGUGGAGCUCAGCAAGAUAGAAAUACCUCGGAUGUCGACUCCGAGUCAUACGAUCGCACUAGAUUUACACGGAUUCAGUGACGCCUCCGAAAAGGCUUAUGGAUGCGUCAUUUACUUACAUGCAAUCAACUUAAAAGGAGAAGAGAGUACGAAUCUCUUAUGUUCGAAAUCGAGAGUGGCGCCUUUGAAGAAGGUCACUCUGCCCCGUCUGGAACUCUUGGCGGCAGCACUUCUAGCAGAACUAACUGCUAAAAUAAAGAGCAUUCUGGCCGGUCGAAUCUCGUCGGAAUAUUACUACAGUGAUUCACAAGUAGCGCUAAGUUGGAUCAAAUCUUCAAAUACACGUUGGGGAACCUUCAUUAGAAAUAGAGUGCAGAAGAUACACUCCACCACGAAUCCAGAGCAUUGGAAAUAUAUAUCUACGAAAGAAAAUCCGGCUGAUAUGGUUUCGAGAGGAAUUCCAGUCAGAAAAUUACGCGAAGCAAAACUAGAAUUUUGGUUACACGGACCGGAAUGUAUACGAAGAAGACAAUAUUAUCUGCAGAGCGGCUACGAAUACACUGCUGCUGCAGAACAGGAAGAGAUUAAAGAACCAAUAACACGAUUGGUAGCAGCAACAGGAAAGGCAUGCGAAGACUUAAUCGCAAAAUACCCGCACCAUCACACUCAUGACAAAACAGUAAGACACUUUGCAUGGCUGUGUAGAGCCAUAAACAAUAUGAAGAAGGUCAAUAAAGACACAGGCAUCAGAAACGAAAAGAGAUCGGGCCCACUCACCACCACUGAAUUGAAUGAAGGACUAACACUCGUAGUCCGAAUUAUGCAAGCCACUAUUUAUCCAAAUGAAGUAGCGGAAUUACGAAAAACUGGGAAGGUGCCUACGAAAGGACCUUUCCAGCAUCUCAACGCAAUCGUCAGAAAUGGAGUCAUACAUGUCACAGGGAGACUCCACAAUGCAGAAAUGCCCAUCUCACAAAAGAAUCCAAUAUUGAUUCCCAAAUCGCACCCAUUUUCGAGGAUUUUGGAUGAGGGAUCUCCGAAGGACCGUACAAGGAGUCAUUCAACGAUGCAUCUUAUGUGCCAAAGCGCGGCCCAGACGUUUACAGCAACGAAUGGGACAACUGCCCUCGCCCAGGGUAAAUGA